ACACACAGAGGGGAAAGAGAAGAGGAAAAACACAGAACUUCAGCAACGAGAAGCUGUAGUUUUGCAGCAUGUUCAACCGUCGGCAAUCUCCGUUUAAACACACUCGCCCAGCAACUGUUUGAUUUUGCUGGUGUGUUGGCAUUAUCUUUUUUUUUUUUUGGGAAACAUUCGCCUUUUUCCCCCCCUUUCGGCUGAUGUAAAAGAACCUACCCUCCUAUAUUGGAAUGAUGUGGACCUCUCAUGAUACUGUUGGAUUUGUUUUCUUAGCCGGAUUUUGUGUGCAAUUCGGAUUCUCCUUCGAAGGUCGCUUCACGGAUCUGCCCUCCAACAUGACGGUUAAAGAGGGACAAAACAUAGAAAUGGCGUGUGCUUUCCAGAGCGGAACCGCGUCGGUGUAUUUGGAGAUCCAGUGGUGGUUCGUGAAAGCGCCGGAACCCACUGACAGCGAGGAGGAGGUCGAUGCUGAAGAGAUGGAGAUGAUACCGGAGCCUGAUCCUGACGACGAGGGCACAAAAAUAAGUACAGUGAAAGUCCAGGGCAACGACAUCUCACACAAGCUGCAGAUCUCCAGAGUCAGCAAGAGCGACGAAGGACUGUACGAGUGCCGGGUGACACGAGCUAACUACGGAGAGAUUGUGGAGUACAAAGCCCAAGCUUGGCUGAAGGUCAACGCCACGGCCAGGCCACGACGACCACUUCUGCCUCCCAAGAAAAGCUCCCCGCUGCACCUGACAGACAAGAAGCCGAGAAAGUCCAGCUCACCUCUGGGUCAGGACAGCAUGAGUUCAGACCAGAGGGUGGCCUCCACCUCCACCUCUCACACAUCCUCCAAUACAGCUAAACACAACCCCGGCUCAGGUACAAGAAUAUCAUCCAGCUAUGGACUGGCUGUCCUCAUUCUGGCGUGUGGUUUGGUGAGGGAUGCCUUGUUAUAAUUUGAAGAACUGACAUGGUCUGUGCCCUGAUCUCGCUCUCUCUCUCUCUCUGUUUGCUCUCAAAGUGAACGAGAAAAUUGCCUGUUUUAUCCCUUCCCCACCCACCCCCACCACCCACCAUGCGGACAGCACAGUUGGCCCUCAUUUCCCUGCCACUAUACUGCUCUUGCACCCAGCACAUUGUUAUUAGCCACUGUAAACACCUGUCACCUUUAAACCAGUUGGAUUACCUUUUGUACAGACGUCGACUUGACACCAUCCGAGGUGCAACGCUCCGGUGCGAAUAAACGGACUCUGUAUCUUGUUGGAUAACUCUCAUGGAGGAAUGACUUUCUUAUGGUUUCGCUGUUCCAGUUCAUGUGUUUAUUGCUCAAAAGUGAACAAGAAAAAAGGAGAAUCUAUAUUUGUGUAAUAUAUAUGAUUCUAAAUAUAUAUCUGUUUUAUUUGAAACACGUAGAAUUACUGUAUGUGCUGUAUACAUAGCUGAAACUCACCAUAUUGGCCAUGGAAUUUCAUUGUGAAUAGGCCCUCGCAAAGAAACAGAAGAAAUUAAAGUACACGUUAAUUUAGACUGUUAACAUUAACCACAUGGUUAAAAAGGGUUCUCAUUUUUCUUCAGCUAUACUGACCAUCUAAAUUAUCUAAUGUGCAUAGUUUUACAUCAUGUUAGUGAUACAUACUGUAUACAGGUGUGCAUGCUUAUUGGUCUGACAGCUUAAAAGAGGGGAACAUAAGUUCUAUGAGCUACACAAUUCUACACUUGGAGUUCAGUGUUACAGUAUGUUCAAUUUAGUUUUAUUUUAAUGUGCUAGCUUUGGUGUGAAUAAAAAAAUGUCCCUUGUCAUUUUAAUUUGUAUUGCAUCCUCAGUAGGAAUAAAAAGGAUGUCACAAUUUAUGAGUCAUUGAAAAUCCUGAUAUGUGACCAUUGGAUGAUUCAUUUUAAUUGACGCACAUCGUUUUCAAAUGGCAUGCUUCAGUUGCACCUCCCUGGU